AUGCCGAGCACCGGCAAUACACCUCUGUCCCUCGCCGACACUGUGCUUUCCGAUGAACGCUCGUUACCUGCCAGCCAGUGGACUUUGGAACUAAGUCCCGUGAGGGGCGCAGGCCUGCCGGGCCCCGCCGAGACCCGGGGGCCGCUCCGGCCCUGUGUGACCCGCCGCGCCGGUGGGCAGCGGUGCGGCCCGGGCGAGGUGGGCCGGGAGAGCUCGGCUCGCUUUGCCUUUGGUAGUUACCUUUAUAUUAUUAUUAUUAAGGGAAAGUGCCCUGAAGAUGGAUGGGAUGAAAGCACCAUUGAACUGUUUCUUCAUGAACUUGCUAUAAUGGAUAGCAAUAACUUUCUGGGCAACUGUGGUGUGGGUGAGAGGGAAGGAAGAGUGGCGUCAGGACUCGUUGCCCGAAGGCAUUACAGGUUGAUCCAUGGAAUUGGAAGGUCAGGUGAUAUUUCUGCAGUCCAGCCUAAAGCUGCAGGGUCUAGCCUUUUGAACAAACUUACUAAUUCGGUAGUUCUGGAUAUUAUAAAGCUGGCUGGUGUCCGGACAGUGACCAAUUGCUUUGUGGUUCCUAUGGCAACUGGCAUGAGUCUAACUCUGUGUUUUUUAACGUUGCGGCACAAGAGACCAAAGGCAAAAUACAUUAUCUGGCCACGUAUAGACCAGAAAUCUUGCUUUAAAUCAAUGAUAACUGCAGGUUUUGAGCCUGUGGUGAUAGAAAAUGUGUUAGAAGGCGAUGAGCUACGGACAGACAUCGAAGCAGUAGAGGCUAAAGUCAAGGCUCUUGGUGCUGAAAAUAUUCUUUGUGUGCAUUCUACAACGUCUUGCUUUGCUCCAAGGGUGCCUGAUAGGCUGGAGGAACUGGCUGUGAUUUGUGCUAAUUAUGACAUUCCCCAUAUUGUCAACAAUGCGUAUGGAGUUCAGUCUUCAAAAUGUAUGCAUCUUAUCCAGCAGGGUGCUCGAGUAGGCAGAAUAGAUGCCUUUGUUCAGAGCUUGGACAAAAAUUUUAUGGUUCCAGUAGGUGGUGCUAUCAUUGCUGGCUUCAAUGCGUCCUUUAUUCAGGAGAUCAGCAAAAUGUAUCCAGGAAGAGCAUCUGCGUCUCCUUCCUUAGAUGUCCUCAUUACACUUCUGUCUCUAGGUGCCAGUGGCUACAAACAGUUACUGAAAGAGAGAAAGGAGAUGUUUUCCUAUCUUUCAAGUGAGCUGAAGAAGCUGGCGGAUAGCCACAAUGAGAGACUGUUAGACACACCACAUAAUCCCAUUUCCUUAGCCAUGUCACUGCAGAAUCUAGAUGAAAAUAAUGAUGCUGCUGUUACCCAGCUUGGAUCUAUGCUUUUCACAAGACAAGUUUCUGGAGCAAGGGUUGUUCCCUGUGGGUCUGUACAAACAGUGAAUAACUACACUUUUAAAGGCUUUAUGUCACAUUCAAAUGACUAUCCCUGUGCUUAUCUCAAUGCUGCCUCAGCAAUUGGAAUUAAAAAGCAAGAUGUAGAUGUAUUCCUAAAAAGACUCGACAAGUGUUUGAAGACUUCUAGAAAAGAAUCAAAGAAAGAAAAAAGUGUAAAUGAGAUAAGUAAUUCUAAUAUAGGCACAGAACAACUUGAAGACCAGAAGAUACAGAUUUAGUAACACGGGAAGAUAUGCUUUUGUUUGACAUAUGUCAGGUUUGUAUUGGGUUAGCAUUGUGAAUCUGCAGAGGAGAAAAUUUAUUCCUGAUCUGAAAAAACACUUGGGUGAGAAUACAAAAAAAUACUUGCGUGAAAUUCAGCUUUAAAGAAAGUAGGUGA